UCUUCGUCUCCAUUGUGUUGUACAAUGUGUAUUCAGCGGUAAGUCGCACAAGCUAGAAAGAGAGAUCAGUGUUUUUUAAAGAAACCAACAAGAAAACGACUUCUGCUUGCUGCAUCGGCAGCGCGCACACCUGAGUCAACCUUCUUGAACCGCGGCGAUCACGGAAAUUCACCACUGACUGACUGCUCGAAAGAUACUCACCACAGGGCGUCUGGGCGAAGCAAGCGGCGAUUGUUGCGCGACGCGACGCGUCGGCAAGACGCGAAAGGCGAAGCAGCAACAAAAGUGGAAAAACGAGUUCUUCGACCGCGCGGGGAUCUCACCAAUACCGGCGCGUUUGCACCUGUAUGUUCGCACGAAAGGUGUGCUGCUCGAUUGCGCUCGUGUAGGAGGCGACACGGCGAUGGCAGGAAACUCACCUCAAUCGCGCUCCGGGGGCAUUCAGUCUAGAUUUCGUACUCGAGCGGGUUGGAUGCAUUUUCCAGGUAGUCCGUGCGUCGCGUCCGCGAGUGUGUUUUUGUGCGCCGAAUCAAAGGUGAAAACAAACAGCAAAAAAACUGAGAUUUGCUUACUACGAUCAGCCUGUGAACGUGCCCCAGCCAGUCAGUGUGACGAUCAACGUUGAUCGGUUUGUUUUGUGAAUUGGAUCGAUAUUGGCGAUCUCGUGUGUGCAUUGUUGAUCUCUUGCGCGAGCGCGAGGUGAUCUCGUCGUGGCGAGAAGAGGUGGAAUGGAAGUGCACUAGAAGCAAUUAUGGGGUCUACCGAGAAGCAUUAUUGAAAAGAUCUCUAACUCGUUUUUGAAAUAGUGAAGUCCCCGCUCGCUGUUCUCUGAAGAUAUAUAGCUAUUAAAUGAUUAUCUUACCGCUUCGCCACCACCGCUGCCACCGUCUGUCUGCUCUAAUCGGAUUGUGGAAAGUUUAAAGCAACCACCGCGCGGUCCAGCGUCCAAGAUGAUUAAGUUCCGAUACAAGCGGAAAGAUGCUACCGCAACGAACACGACAGCUGCCGUUACGACGGCAGCACCGACGACAUCUUCCGCACUGCCGGUAACCGUGUCCGCCGGAGUGGCCACGGUGACACCGACCAGUAAUUUGGUCGUCUCCGCAACCCCUCAGCACUACCAGCAGCAGCAGCAGCAGCCGGCUGCGUAUCUGCAACCUGCCUCGUGCGCAACGUUACCAAAAACAACCUCUAGAAAUGCCAUCAAUAGCCAAACUACUAGCCUGGUUGGGGGCGGCGGACAAUACGCUCCGUACCACCACCAGCAGCAGCAACAACUCCUUCUCCCGUAUUGUGAUAUCAAUAGCUACAGUCCAAAUAGGCUGGGUGGUUCCAGCUACUGCCUGAAUCAGGAUUCGUCGCCGGCUGCGCCGGCGACCUCGUCCUCCUACCACGAGGUCAUCAAUCGCAUGAAGACUGAAAGUGUCCACCAGCAGCACUACGAGUACAUGUCCUGCAUCAAUUCGGUUGUUGAACUCUUCUCCCAGCUGCAGACCAGUUCGGAGCCGGCCCUGUGUCCGGAACCGUUGCGGCGUGCCCUGGCCAGUGGACCGCUGGCUGGCCGCCGAUUCCCGCUAGGGUGCCUGGGCGAUGCGGCCGAAUGUUUCGAGCUGCUGCUGCACCGGGUGCACCAGCAUCUGUCCGCCAGCGAAGGCGAUAGUUGCGAGGCACCGCAGUGCGUAGCGCACCAGCGCUUCGCCAUGCGAGUGGUCGAGCAGAGCGUGUGCGAGUGCGGUGCCAACUCGGAGCAGUUGCCGUUCACGCAGGUGAGUUAAUUAUUUGAGUUUUGGAAGGUUCUCGAGUGUUACAGUAUGUUGGUUUGCUAGGGUGUACUUGGGCGCCGUCCACAAAUUACAUAACGCUCUAUUAGGAGGGGGAGUACGUCUGAGUGUUACGGCUCCCAGAAACCCUCGUAACCACCCCUGAAACUCCCUUAAAGCUCUCUUAAAAAUAUCAGGGGUGUUUAAAGAGGUUUUAGAAACUUUUCAGGGGACUUCAAAUG